AGUCUGCAGUCUUUGCAAUCCGGAAUCCUUGGGACGUCCCCAUUGAAGUUGAAACGUAAAUUGGUAGGGUGAAGGUUAUAGGGGCAGUCAGCAGUUGCUACAUGAAUUUACAUCCAUAUUAAUGAUAUGUAUCCAUUGAUUCUUGUUUUAUUGUUUUUAAUGAUGAUUGCCGCUAUUAGGUUAGGGUUUCGGUAGGGACGUCCCAAGGAUCCAAGAUAGUACAAAUCACGAUUAUGCCGAGAUUUGCUGUUUGAAGUCAGCUGAAGUUGUUAAAACACCCCGUAUUCACAGACAUCAUUCAUGGAUUCUGCAAUUGAAAAGCACUGUUCAGAGCUUGUAGCCCGUGAGCGAAGCGGUCAUACGGCUCUAAUUGAGAGAAAUGUCCUGUACGUGUGGGGAGGCUACGUGUCAAUUGCUGAUGAUGAAGUUUUCCUACCUAAUGAUGAGAUCUGGUUAUAUGACUUAGAAAGAGGUGUAUGGGAAAUGUGCAGGAUGUCAGGAGAGGUCCCGCCCCCCAUGUCAGGCACCUGUGGCUGCUCUCUGAAUGGAGACAUGUACAUAUUUGGGGGAUGCGAUGACAACGGCCAGACCAACCAGCUUUACUGUGUCAAUCUUCUGGAUGGAAAAUACACUUGGAGGAAAGUUAGCCAUAAGAGUGGCUCCCCUCCUUCACCCAGAGAUAAGCUCUCUUGCUGGGUUUUCAAUGGCAGGCUCAUCUACUUUGGUGGAUAUGGUCAUAAGCAACUUGAUGACAUCAAUAACAACAGAAGCUUCCUUAUGGAUGAGGCAUCAUGGAUGGAUGACAUCUAUUGGGGAUGGAACAAUGAAGUCCAUAUGUUUGACCCAGCAUCGGCCAGUUGGAGUGAACCACAUACUAGUGGUUGUGCACCUGACCCCAGAGCUGCCCAUGCCAGUGCAACACUUUGCCACAAAGGAUAUGUAUGUGGGGGCAGAAUAAGAGAAACCAGGACAAGUGACAUUUAUUGUCUAGAUCUAGAAUCAUGGACAUGGUCCGAAAUAGUACCAGCAUCCAAUGUGCCAGUGGGAAGGUCGUGGCAUACCCUCACUGCAAUAUCUGACAGCGGUUUGUUUCUAUUUGGAGGACUGAGUAUAGACUGCAAACCAAUGAGCGAUGGCUGGGUAUUUGAUGUUGGGACGAAGAAAUGGAGAGAGUUUGAGCAUCCAUACAUGAACAAACCAAGGUUGUGGCACACAGCAUGCCAAGGGAAAGACUCUGAUGUCAUUGUGUUUGGGGGUAGUUGCAACUACAUACUUCUAGUAGACACAGGUCACUGCAAUGAUGCACUUGUUUUCCAGAUCCAGCCCUACCCACUCUUUCGGAUAUGUGAGGAUUACAUAGCCAAGAAUGUGAAGAACUGCAAGAUGCUUGAAAAACAGCUUCCAUUUGUGCCCCCAAAACUACUGCCAGCUGUACAGAAGAGAAUAUCAUUUUUUCGGACAACAAAGAAAAUAUAGCAUUGUCAGAUAUAAAUAUUAAGGGAAAUGUUCAGUAUUAUAAACUAGGGGGUUUGAGUCCUGAAUGCUGAUUGGCUGACAGCCGUGGUAUAUCAGACUGUAUACCACAUGUAUGACAAAACAUUUAUUUUUACUAAUUACGUUGGUAACCAGUUUAUAAUAGCAAUCAGGCACCUCUGGGGUUGGUGGUGUAUGGCCAAUAUACCACAGCUAAGGGCUGUAUUCAGACACUCCGUGUUGCAUUGUGCAUUAAGAACAGCCCUUAGCCAUGUUAUAUUGGCCAUAUACCACCAACCGCCGAGGUGCCGUAUUGCUUAAGUAGACUACAGUAAACUGAUAAUGCAGAGUUCAGACUAUGUUCCGCAUAUUACUGUUGAGAAGGCCUUCAUAGUAUGUGGGGCGAUUUGUCUUACAAAACAUUAUUGAUUUAUUGUCAAAUGUCUUACAGUGUAUUUUACAAGGCAUUCAGAAAUUAUUCAGACCCCUUAACUUUUUCCACAUGUUAUGUUACAGCCAUCAUUACUUUAACACAUAGUCAGUCAAUCCGGAAAAUUUCAAGAACUUUAAAAGUUCAUUCAAGUACAGUCGCAAAAACCAUCAAGUGCUAUGAUGAAACUGGCUCUCAUGAGGACCCCCACAGGAACGGAAGACCCAAAGUUACCUCUGCUGCAGAGGAUGAGUUCAUUAAUUACUGCCUCAGAAAUUGGAGCCCAAAUAAAUGCUUCAGAGUUCAAGUAACAGACACAUCUCAACAUCAACUGUUCAGAGGAGACUGCGUGAAAUCCGGCCUUCAUGGUCGAUUUGCUGCAAAGAAACCACUACUAAAGGACACCAAUAAGAAGAAGAGACUUGCUUGGGCCAAGAAACAUGAGGGGUGGAAAUC